CCGCCGCUCACUUCCGGCGGGCGGGAGCCGAGGGGAAGCGGCCAUGGGGCGGCGGGAGCGGCCGGCGGCGGGGCCGGGCGGGGCGGGGGCGUCCCGGCCACCGGCCUGAGAGCCUGGAACCCACAAGUGGCAUCGUGACAUCGAGGAGCAUCACAAACCCGGGAUGACCGGGAAGAAGCCGCUUUGGUCGCCAGUCCAUAUCCCUGAGCGCUCAUUAAAAGGUGCCGGCACGUCCGGUCUCGAGAGGCGCUCGAGAUAGAGGAGCUGGGCCUGGAUCCAUUCUGAGCUUCCGAGGUAGACCUGGGGCGUGCCAUCCGUGCUGCCCCUCCCCAGGGAGUCAUGGAGGACAAACGCAACAUCCCCAUCAUCGAGUGGGAGCACCUGGACAAAAGGAAAUUCUACGUCUUUGGGAUUUGCAUGACUAUGAUGAUCCGGGUGAGCGUUUACCCUUUCACGCUCAUCCGGACGCGACUGCAGGUUCAGAAGGGCAAGAGCCUCUACAACGGGACCUUCGACGCCUUUGUGAAAAUCCUGCGGACAGAAGGGACGGCUGGGCUCUACCGUGGCUUUUUGGUCAACACUUUCACCCUGAUCUCCGGACAGUGCUACGUGACGACGUACGAGCUCACUCGGAAGUACGUGUCCCGCUACAACAACAACAACGCCGUGAAGUCUCUGGUGGCGGGUGGCUCGGCCUCCCUGGUGGCCCAGAGCAUCACGGUGCCCAUCGAUGUGAUCUCCCAGCACCUCAUGAUGCAGAGGAAAGGGGAAAGCAUGGGCAGGUUCAAGGUGCAGAACCAGGACGGCAAGCGGAUGCUGGUCUUUGGCCAAACCAAGGACAUCAUUGUGCAGAUCUUCAAGGCUGACGGUUUUAGAGGUUUCUACAGGGGCUACGUGGCCUCUCUGCUCACCUAUAUUCCCAACAGCGCGGUCUGGUGGCCCUUCUACCACUUCUAUGCUGAACAGCUUUCUAGCUUGACUCCUAAAGACUGUCCCCACCUCCUCCUGCAAGCGAUCUCGGGGCCGCUUGCGGCUGCCACCGCUUCCACGCUCACCAACCCCAUGGACGUCAUCAGAGCUCGGGUUCAGGUGGAAGGCAAGAGCUCCAUCGUCCUUACCUUCAAACAGCUCAUGGCAGAGGAAGGUCCCUGGGGCCUGACGAAAGGUCUUUCUGCCCGCAUCAUCUCUGCCACUCCCUCCACCAUCGUCAUCGUGGUGGGGUACGAAACUCUGAAGAAGCUGAGCCUCCGCCCGGAGCUGGUGGAUUCAAGACACUGGUAGAGGCAGAUGGUGGGAGAGAAACCUUCUUUUGAACCCUCCGGAUUUGGACCGUCACGGUUGAAAGCUCAGGAGAGGCAGUUGCUGUCUCCUUUGUCUCUAGCUAACGUGGAGUGAGUUUUCACAGUACAAGGCAGAAGCAAGAGCAACUGCGAUUCGCCUCUUUAGAUUUGAUUGCAAUUCAGUGCUCUGCUGCUCUUUCUGCUCAAAACCACCAAAAACGUGACCCUUGGCAGUGCUCUUUGCCUGUGACAGUUCAUUCAAGAGCAGCCAGAUGUGUGAAUGAACCCUGGCAAAUUCUCGAUUCCCUUUUUUUUUUAAAUUAAAGACUUACUGGUUGAAGCAAAAAGCCAGUUUAUUCCUUAAAUUAUUUUAAUCUUUGUCAAACUUCCAAGCAGGGGAAUCUAACAGGCUGCAGCAGAGCCCUCUGGUGGGUUGUGUGCUGACUGCAGUUGUACUGUGGGAAGCUGGAGAACUAGACUAGGCAAGUAACUUUCCCCACUCACACACUUUUAUUGCUAGAAGGUGUGAGAAGAGAGUAACCUGGAACCACUUAAGACCUUAUUUCCUGCAUUUUAAAUAGAUCUGUACAUACCUUUUUUUGUAUAUUCUUGGAAAUGUUUCCUGUCUCUCAUCCUUCAAACAGCAAGCCUCGCUGGUAGGCAAGUUAAGGGCCGAGUUGGCUGUUUGUAAUUAGUUGAUGGCGAUUUUGACACCUAUGUUUUUAAUGUUAUUUAAUUUAAUUUUUCUUUUUUUUUUUUUUUUUUUAUUUCAGGGAAGCUUAUUCUGAUUUCUGGGGGACUGAGUGGUUGUUCUGUGGCCUUGUUCAAUGUGAGUGUCAAUGCUGCAUGUUCAGGGUGGCUGAUGCCACUUCCCACCUUUAGUUAGUUUAAGCGAAAACAAGCGCAGAGUUUGGAAGUGUCAGAUUGCUGUGCUGUCAGCAGCCAAGCCGAGAGCUGAGCUUGACUUGAGCUACGACUGGAUGGGAGGUAGGGAAGGAGAAAUCUUGUACUGGCUUUUGAUCCAGUUCAAACCUGACUGGCAUGUUCAUAUUGAAUAAGAAGUAAUGGUUUGCUAAUACAUUGUGAGCUUAAAUCCUGCUUAUCCUGUUCGGGAAGGACAAGGAUGAUUCUUUGCACACUCUUGCCGGAUCAAACUCUCAAGCUAUGGUGUGUUUCUUACAUGUCAAAAACUUGCAGCUGAACAAUGAAGCAAGAGGCUGCUGCUUGGGGAGGAGGAAGGAAGGGAUUGUUUGAUUUCACUCUGCUGGUCUCAGCGUUUGAGAUUUGCCUCUUACGAUACCAGCCCUCACGUAGUGCUCAGCCCAGGUAGUUGUAAGUCUGAGAGGGGAAGAGAAAUGCUUCCAGCUAACCGGUACGUUGCUGCCUCGGCUCCUCUCACCGCCGUAGCAAGGGAUUCUUGGCUGUGGGACGGAUCCCACCGAACCGUAGCUGCUGCCGGGCUCUCGGCUGUGUCUUCGUCAGGGACCUGCUCAGCGUGGCUCUUGCCCGAUCCCGGCGUCUGCAGCUCAGCCAGCAGAGACGGCGCCGCAGCUGCUGCCACAGGUGGAACACGCACGAACAGGGACUGCUGGAGUCAGAGAGCGACUUUUAUGUUCGAGGGCAGAACCUGGCUCUAAGAUGCAGCACUCCUUAAUUGGGUUGCAGAUGAGUCAUCAAAGACCUUUUAAUCCCACUUCUAAUUGUUGUCUGCAGCGUUAAGCAAGGUGAUGUAUGCGUCAGCCACUGGCAGAGCUGUUAAAGCAGCGUGUUCUGCAAGCUGCUCUUCUGUUGCAUUUUUGUUCUUUAAUUCCCUUGCAGUCAGCUCUGUAACAGCUGAUUCUGCUGUAGGAAUAGGAACAGUGGAAUCGCAGGAUUGCGAGGAAGUGUUGUGAGUUUGUGGUAGUCCUGUUCUCAUGCAACGGCAGCAGUAAUGCCAAUAUUAAAACAAUAAUCAGCCUUUGCCGGUUACCAGCAGGGUAAAUUUUGGUGUGUCAGGGGAAGCAGCAGACACCACGAAUGUAGGCAGAUGCGCUCGAGCUUAGUAUUUCUCUCUUAACCAGAGUAGUUCUCGGUAACUAAUAAACUUUGAGACCUUCAACUCGAUGCCUGAGCUUGAAGCAGGUCGGUCUCGGUGUGCUCGCCGAGGCAGUCUGCCAGUUCCUGUCACUCCACAGCAACGCUUCCUUAUUUUUAACGCUUUGCCUUCUAAGUAGCACUAGGAGGAACCUCCCCAGCAGAGACUGACCGAGAAGACGCUGGCAGUGACUAUGCACAAAGCCAAGCAAGCCAGAAAAAACACGGGCUGAAGCACCCAGGUAGUACCUGAAAGGGUGGGUCACUGUGAAACCCACGUCCCGACCCUCCGUUGUGAGACGCUGCUAGCUCUGGCUCUCUUACAAGCAGUGGAGUAUCUUUACGAGUAAAAAUGUGUGUGAUCUCGUUC